AUGGAAGUUGAUACGGGGGCCGUCUACUCGGUGAUUGGUGAAGCGGAGUUCACGAGGCUGUUUCCAGGGAUGGUACUAGAAAAUUCAGAUCUCAAGCUGAGAGGCUACUUCGGCCAUCAAUCCGCGGUCAUGGGGAAAGCGACAGUGCUGGCCAAAUUCGGAGAAAAACACGCUCUACUACCAUUGUUCGUCGUCAAGAGCAGUACGCGAGCCCUGCUAGGAAGGAACUGGGCGAAAGCUUUUGGUAUGCCGCUCGACAGUCUGCUGAACGUGCACUCGGUCGAUGACGUGAAGGACCUGAUAAGCCGAUUUCCUGAUGUGUUUUCAGAAGGUCUCGGUAACUUUGCAGGAGUGAAGGCCAAGAUAAGAGUGCCAGAGGAUGUGAAACCACGUUUCUUCAGGCUGAGACCAGUACCAUUUGCUCUGCAGGACAUGGUGGCGCAGGAACUACAGCGGUUGCAGCGAGAAGGUAUCCUCAGGCCAGUGCGGACCGCGGAAUGGGCAGCGCCGUUGGUUCCAGUUUUGAAGAAGGACGGAAAAAUUCGAUUGUGCGGGGACUUCAAGGUCACGGUAAACAGGGCAGCAGAUAUCGAGACGUACCCGGUGCCACGGGUCGAAGAAAUCUGGGCACAGCUGGCGGGAGGUGUGAUGUUCUGCAAGUUGGAUCUGCGGGAUGCAUACCAGCAAGUGGAGUUGGAUGAGGAGUCGAAGAAAUUGGUGACUAUAAACACACUACAGGGACUUUUUCAGUACAACCGACUGCCAUUCGGAGUGGCAUCGGCACCGGCAAUUUUCCAGCAGGAAAUGGAGUGUCUGCUUCGCAGUUGUCGCCGGACUGUCGUGUAUUUCGACGACAUACUUGUGUCUGGGGUCUCCGAAGAGGACCACCGUAACAACUUGGAAGAAGUGCUGAGGCGACUGAGUGGCGCAGGGUUAAGGUUGAAGCUUCAAAAAUGUGUGUUCGAGACAACAAGCGUGGAGUACCUGGGAUAUGUCAUCGAUAAGCACGGCCUGCACCCAGCACCUGAGAAGAUCGAGGCCAUCGUACGAGCACCGGCCCCAUCUGACACACAAGAAUUGCAGAGCUACCUCGGUCUCCUCAAUUUUUACCGAAGAUUUCUGCCGAACUUAUCAACGGUGCUGCACCCAUUGCACGUGUUGCUCAAAAAAGACAUGUCAUGGCACUGGGGGGCCAGACAGGAAGCAGCAUUUAUGCAAAGCAAGCAGUUAUUGACAUCUGCAGAGGUGUUAGUUUAUUAUGACACCAAGUUACCUCUAUUACUAUGUUGUGACGCAUCACCUUAUGGCAUUGGAGCGGUACUGGCACAUCGGAUGGCGUCUGGAGAGGAGAAGCCUGUGGCGUUUGCAUCAAAGCGAUUAACGGCAGCUGAAAAGAACUACAGCCAAUUGGAUAAGGAAGCGCUGGCAGUGGUGUUCGGUGUGCUAAAGUUCCACCAAUUUGUGUGGGGAAGACCCUUUGACAUUUUCACGGAUCACAAACCGUUACUGGGACUGUUCGGCCAUGAGAGCCGCAUACCACGUCAAAGUUCGCCAAGAGUGCUGAGGUGGGCUCUGACAUUGAGCGGCUACAACUACAGAUUAUGCUACAGGCCAGGAGCGAGAUUGGGCAAUGCAGACGCUUUGAGUCGACUGCCGCUUGCUAGGGCUCCACUGGAGGAUUACAGAAUUCAGGAUGUGUUCAUGUUGGAAGGGGCAUACCCAGGUGUCCUCUCAGCAGCUGUAGUGGAGUCUGCAACCGAUCAGGACCCAGUGUUAGCUCCCUUGUGUGUGGCGUUGUGGUCGGGAGAAAACUUGCCACCAGGGCAAGAGUGGCGGCCUUUUGCAAACCAAAUGGAGGAAUUCUCGGUGAUGGAGGGCUGUCUGCUAAGAGGGAGCCGGGUGGUUGUUCCAGUAUCACUAAGGGCGGCAGUGUUGGACCUUUUGCAUGAGAGCCAUCCAGGAGUUGAGAAAAUGAAGCUAGUGGCCCGUAGUCACGUGUGGUGGCCGGGCAUUGAUGAGGACAUUGCUAUGAAGGUGGGCAGGUGCAAGGUCUGCCAGGUGUAUCGGAAUGCUCCCAAGCCAAUACAGCAGGCACCAUGA